AUGGACGUACCGCUGGUGGUCAGCGGCUGUGUCAACAAAACCAUCAGCGAGAUCGUGAAGGGAACCUACUUUCGGCAGGGCACCAAUCAUGGCAAGCCGGUCUACAAGAAGAAACCAGACGACACACCAGAUGACGAUGAUGACCUAGAUGUGCUAAUAUACUACUGGGAUGAGCGGGAUGGUGAAGAGAACUGUGGUUGGUGGUUCAGCCCCAGUGUGGGUGGCGAGAUGGUUUGGGCAUAUCACCCUAGUCGCAAGGCGACAUCGCCGCCACCUGCGGAAUGGAACGUGCCCCAUGACGGGCCCAUUGACAAGAGCUUCACCGUGACAGCUGCCCCGCAGCUUGCCAAAGAGAGCCAAAGGAACCUGAAAAAGGAAGAGGCAAAAGACAAGAAAGAUGAGGAUGAUGAUGAAGAGGAGGAAGAGGAAGAGGAGGAGGAAGAGGAAGACGAGGAAGUGUUGCGACCCAAAGCGGCACCUUUGUCGAAAGACGAUGGCUCCUCAGACAGCGAUGCUCGUGCACGUUCACGGAAGCCGAAGGACUCGAAGGACUUGACGGCUGAGGAGCGAGAGCUGGAGUUGCAGGAGGCGGAGGACAGGCGACUGAUGGAGCAGCUUCGUCAGAGAGAAGAGGCCCGCAAGAAGAAGGCAGAAGAACUGCGGAUGCGGAAGGAGCAAGACAAAGAGCCGGAGCGGAGAGGUGACGACAAAGAGGACAAGAAGAAGAAGAAGCGUCCGGAAAAGGAGAAGAAGAAGGACAAGGAGGAGAAACGUAAGAGGGAGGAAGAGGAGAGAGAGCGCCUGCGAGAGGAGGAGGAAAGGCGACGGAAAGAUGAGGAAAGGCGGCGAAGAAAGGAGGAAGAGGACCAGCGCGUGAAGGAAGAAGAGGACCGCCGCAGAAAGAGAGAGGAGGAGCGGCGUGAAGAAGAGGAACGUGAGCGGCGUCGGCGAAAGGAGGAGGAACGCAGAGAAGAGGAGGAGCGGGAAGAAAGAAGACGCCGGAAAGAGGAAGAAGAGCGCAGGAGGCGCAGAGAAGAGGAGGAUCGUCGCAGAAGAGAAGAAGAGGAGGCCGAACGACGACGGGAAGACGAACGCCGGCGGAAACGAGAAGAGGAAGAAGAGGAGGAACGUAAACGGCGUCGUCUCAUCGAGGAGAAGGAGGAAGCCGAACGGGCCCGGCGCAAGGAGAAAGAGAAGGAGGAGCGCCAAAAAAAGGAGGAGGAGCGGCGCAAGCACGAGGAGAAGAUGCAGAGGAAGUUGGAGGAGCGCCGGCGGCGAGAGGGCAACGACGACCGAGAUCGCGACCGCGACGGGCGCGACCGAGGCGACCGGGACAGGUCCGACCGCGACGUUAUACGCGACCGCGACGUACGAGAUCGGUUAGACCGCCGGGAGGACCGUGACCGCCAGGACCGCCGAGAGGGCCGUGAGGAGCGCCACACGGCUCGUUCAGAGAGGGAGGGACAGGGCUCCGCCCGAUCGGAGAGCGAAAAGCCGCUGGAACGUGUGAAAGAGCGAGAGAGGGAGCGGGAGAGGCCGGAGGAGAAGCAGCAAAAGGCGGUCCAGGCCGUGAGCAGCUGCUUCCACCGGAUGUCCGGGGUGAAUUUGGGGAAUUUCGAGAGCUUGAAGGCGGACUUCGAGCGCAUCAUGGCUUCAGAGCUUCCAUACACAGGCGACAAAGAGGCGCAGUUGCGAGAGGAAGCCAAGCGAGUCUUGACUUCGGCAGAAGAGCAAGUGGCAAAGGAGAAGCUGCAGCUCGAAGAGGAGCAAAAGCGCCGUGAAGAGGAGGAGAAGCUGCGGCUGGAGCAAGAGGCAAAGGCAAAGCGACAGCAGGCCGCCAACCUGAAUGUCUUGAAGGCCUUGCAGAAGCUGUCGGAUGCCACGCCUGAAAAUUGGGCUCAGAUGAGCCACGACUUCCAGGAGAUCAUGCGAACGGAGCUCCCGGAGACCGGGGACCAGCGCGAGGCUUUGCAGGCGGAGGCAGACCGUGUCUUCAAUUACGCACAGCAGUACGUGAAGCAAAUGGAGGAGAGGCAGAAGGAACAAGCAGAGAGAGAGAGGAUUCGUCUGGAGGAGCUGAAGGUCAAGGAGCAACAUGCCCGGCAAGUCUUACAAGAGGUCGAGGCCUGCCUUUGCAAGGCAGAGGAGGAAGCCCAGAAGGCGCGAAGCAUCGCGGAGCAGCUUUACCAGCUCGCAAACAACGGUGCGGCGAGCUCUGCGAGCUCUGGUCGAGAUGCUUUGGUGUCCAGCUUCCCGAAGGGUGCUGAGGAAGCUUUGCGUAUGGGGAGGGUCUGUUUAGAAGCAGGGAAGAAGGCUCAGCUGAGCGCCGAAGGUGCUUGGAAAGUGCUGGAAGGGCAUCGGAUGACUUUGCUGGAGCUGGAGACUUUGCGGCAGGAAAUGCUGGUCUUCGUGCAGCGUAGCGAGGCCCGGCUUCAGGCCUGCCAGAUGGCCGCUCAGCAAGCAGUGAAAGUGGCUUCGGAAAGCCACGAGCGGAUCCAGAACAAUGCCUCUCCCAUGCUCUUUGACAAGAAGAGCGGUGACAUCUUCCGGACCUACGAUCAGGACGAGGACGGCUUCCUGUCCCGGAAUGAGGUCAUGAACUUUGCGAGGCUGGAGUACGGCUUCGCCAUCCCCGCGGCUUCCUUGGAUCGGAUCUUCCAGCAGCUCAGCGGUUCCAAGGACGCGCCAGGGCUGGAGCCCACGCGCUUCCAGCAGCUGCGCACCUCCGUGGGCAUCGCACGCUUCGAGUCCCGCAUCUUGAGGAAGAAAUCAGGGGCAGAAGCCAAGGACGAGGAGUCUCUAAAGGUUGAGGCGGAGUAUAGACAGUACCUGAAGCAGCGGAAGGGAUCCGUUUCAAGAGAAGUUGAGUCCAUCACAUGGGCCGAACUUGAGAGCAAGGUCCUGGAAGUGGAGUCUGCCUCAGCCGCUUUCGUGAAGGCGCAUGCAUCCCAGACAGAGACCCAGACCCAGGAGGAGCUUCAGAAAUUUGAAGCUUCUUUGGAUCAAAAACUCGCGGCGGCAAGGAGUUCUUUGCCCACCUUCGUCAGCCAGCUGCGAACUCUGCGCCACAGCACCAUGCAGCUGAUCCUGGUUCAGGCUCCAAAAGAGGCUCCGAAGGAGAAGGAGUCUGAGCCCCAGAAAGACGGGACGAAGGAGCCGAAGGAGCUGUCGGAGCCGAAGGGGUCUGAGAAAGGCGACGGCGGCGACGGCGACGGCAAGGAGCCGUCAGAGCCGAAGCAGACGGAGCCACCGCAGACGGAGCCCCCGGGGGACUCUGAGCUGAAGGAGCUGAAAGAGUUGCAGGGAAAGCUGCGAGAGCUCUCGCUGAAGCUUGCGAAGCUUGAAGCAAGGGUUCUUCUUGCAGAGCGGAAGGCCUCCGAGGGGCGCAAGGUCACGGCCCGCAUCGCCGCCUCUCUGGUCGAGGAAGUGCGAGUGGAGGUGGCCCUGAAGCUUCGGCAGUGCAUCGAGCAGCUGGGCGGCAAAGCCGUGGACCUCUUCCAGAUCAUCGCCAAAGGCGAGGAUGCCGCCUCCGUCGAAGAGGCACACGCUUUCCUCAAGGAGAACAACUGUGAUGUGGAAGUGGAGAAGCUGGCGCGCGCCUUCGCUGCCUGCAAGGAGACGCAGGCCGAGGCCUCCGCGGCCGAGAAGGGCGGCACGAAAGUCAGCCGCGAGGAGUUUGCCAGGAUUAUCCGCGUGGUCUACGAGGUGAAGCGGGAGGUGAACCUCACGGAAACCUUGGCCAUCGGUCCGGCCAUGAGGACCCUGGAGGUCGGCGAGCACCUCGAGGUCCAUGCCGGGCCCAGGGUCGAGCCAUCUGGGGAGGGCUUGCAGCGCCUUCACGUGCGUGCCCUCCGGGACGGUGCCCUUGGCUGGGCCACCCUCGCGAGCAGUGAGGGACCCUACCUGGUACUGAGCUAG